AUGGCGGAAACUAGACCAACUGAGAAGGAUGAGGAGUUGAAGCAGAAUGCUCCACGUAAGGUUGUGGAGGAGCGCGUCAAGGGUGUUGUGAAGUGGUUCAAUGUGAAGGCUGGGUAUGGCUUCAUUAACCGUCAGGAUACGUCCACGGAUAUAUUUGUCCAUCAGUCAGCGAUAUCAAGAAACAACCCGGAGAAGCUUCAGCGCUCUCUCCAGGAAGGUGAAGAAGUGGAGUUCUACGUUGUAGAAGGUGAUAAAGGUGAUGAGGCUUGCGAGGUGACAGGACCGGGAGGCGAACCUGUUAAGGGAAGUGUUUAUGCUGCUCUUCGUGGGCGUGGGAGGAGCCCACGUGUAUUUAAUAUGAGAGGAAGAGGUCGUGGAAUGGGUCCUGGAGGGUUCUCUAGUAAUCAGGACUUCGGACCGUAUUACAGCCCUCGGGGUCGUGGACGCGGUCGUGGGGGUCCAGAUAUGUAUGGAGGCGGCUAUGAAUUCGUGGACCGUGGUGGACGAGGAAGAGGAUUUCGUGGACGUGGCAGACCUCGUGGCCGUGGUUUUCGUGGUUCCGGUGGAUUCGAACCUCGGGGGCGCAGCGGUUCUCGCGGAGGAAGAGAUAGUUACCAUGGCGAGAAUGGUUCACCGGAUAUGCGUGAUGUGUAA